GGGGGUCCUCAGGGUAUAACCAGACUAUUGUCGUAAUGAGGGUCUUCUUUUUGUUUGUGAGCAUAUCUUUGCUAUGUGCCAUUGCCUUUAGUGAUCAUCAUGAGAAACAUAAUGGCAAUGAAGACAAAGAACACGGAGGUCAUAAAAAAGUCCAUCACCAUUCUGAUGAAAAACAUGAUCACAGAGACCAUCACCAUUCAAAUGAAUCUAUGCCCUGCCUUAAAAUUGCACCAUACAAUGCUCACUUUAGUUUCAGCCUAUACAGAAAGAUAGCUGCAGACAACCCAACAGAAAACAUAUUUUUAUCCCCAGUGAGUAUUUCCACUGCUUUUGCUAUGCUUUCCCUUGGUGCCAGAGGCCAAACUUUAAAGCAGAUAACAGAAGGACUGAGCUUUAAUACAACUGAAAUAUCGGAAGAGGAGAUCCAUAAAGGAUUCCAGCAUCUCCUUCACAUGCUGAAUGACCCAAACAGUGAAAUGCAGCUAAACAGUGGAAAUGCCCUCUUUAUAGACAAAGACUUCCAAAUAAUCCAGAAAUUUGUAGAAGAUGCCAAACAGUUCUAUGAAGCUGAACCCGUUUCUACUGAUUUCCAUAACACAGAGGAAGCAACAAAGCAGAUUAACAGUUAUGCAGAGAAGAAAACCAAUGGAAAAAUUACUGAAUUGCUCAGCACUGUAGACGAGAAAACUCUUCUAGUUCUUAUUAACUACAUUUAUUUCAGAGGACAAUGGGAGAAGCCUUUUGAGAAGGAGAAUACAGCAGAUGGAGAAUUUCAUGUGGAUAAAGAUACAGUUGUGACAGUGCCAAUGAUGCACAAAAAUGGCAUGUACAAUGUGGCAUAUGAUGAUCAACUUGGCUGCACUGUGGUACUGAUGCCAUACAAAGGGAAUGCAACAGCACUCUUUAUUUUACCAGAUGAAGGAAAGCUCAGACAAGUGGAAGAAGCUCUAGAAACACCAGUAGUAAAGUCAUGGAGAAAGAUAUUUAGACGCCGGUCUGUAAACCUUACACUCCCAAAAUUCUCAAUUUCUGCAACGCUUGACCUUGUAAAAGAAUUGACUAAACUGGGGGUGACUGAUGUAUUUUCUGAUGGAUCUAAUCUUUCUGGGAUUACAGAAGCACCUCCACUGAGGGUGUCUAAGGCAGUGCAUAAGGCUCUAUUAAGCAUUGAUGAAACAGGAACAGAAGCUGCAGGAGUUACAGGCAUGGAACUUAUGCCCAUGAUGGUACCUAGUCGCAUCGAAUUUAAUAAACCCUUCCUGAUUAUAAUUUAUGGUCAGGAGACAAGAAGCAACUAUUUCAUGGGAAGAAUUAUGAACCCUAAGAAAUAGUUUUAAAACUGUUUCCUUAUAAAUAAACUAGCAUCUCCAAAUCU